AUGUUAGAAGACGUGGUAGCAGAACACGAGGCAGCGGGUAUGACGGUGAUUAUCAUGGCCAUUGACACACAACCGGUAGCCUUGCUAGGCCUGGAGGAUGGCAUUAAACCGGGUUCAGCCCACGCCAUCAGUGUACUGCGAGCGAUGGAUAUACGCGUGUGCAUGGUAACAGGUGACAACGAGAGAACGGCGCAUGCUGUGGCAAAAUCG